GCAGUGCGGGACCCACUUCAGCGGCGGCGCGUCCUCCCUCAACAAACCCGAGCAAUGCGUGCGUCUGAAGACACGCGUCGCGCUGAAACGAACCAGUGACCGCCGCUCGCGUCGGAUUAAAGUUUCCCUGUCAUGUCUGUGGCGGCGAGAAAGUAAAGCCAGACGCCGCGAGGACCGACCGCGCUCGCGCACCCGAGCAUGCACGAGCCCAGCUGAUCGCGACGCGAGCGUUUGACGCGACGAGCCCUCACUCGAUUGUAAAACACUAUUCAGCCCAUAAAUAGCCGAAAUUGUCUGAUUUGCGGGGAACUGAGAUCUGUAACGAUGGCGGAGAAGCUGACAGAACCGGGCGCGGGGAUCCUGCUCGUCACCGCAAACGUCGGCUCUUUAUUCGAGGACCCGGAGAACCUACAGAAGCCGUGGAUACAGGAGUUUUGCCAGACAGUUAAAACACACAGUCCGCACUUUGUGGCUCUUCACUGUCAGGAAGUUGGUGGGAAGAAUUAUGAAGCGUCCAUGAUGCACGUGGACAGUUUCAUCAAGGAUCUUCUGUCCAGUGAUGCCAUGAGUGGCUUCACCAGAGCUCGUGUGUAUCUCGACAAGAACUACAAAUCCCAGGAGCAUUUCACGGCAUUAGGAAGCUGCUUCUUCAUUCACGAUUCCUUGAAAAACAUCCAGCAGUUUGACUUCAAAGCCAAGAAGUUCAAGAAGGUGGACGGUAAGGUGGUCGAUUCAGACACGUUGAUGACCUCCACCACGCUGGAGAAAGAGAAGUUUCCUCAACAUUACUUUCCUGAUUGCAAGUGGUCUAGAAAAGGCUUCAUCAGGACCCGAUGGGCUCUGGCUGACUGUGUCUUUGACCUGGUCAACAUUCACCUGUUCCAUGAUGCAUCUAACUUGGUGGCGUGGGAGAAAAGUCCGUCCGUCUACUCAGGCACACGACAGAAAGCGCUCUGCUAUGCGCUGGACCGGAUCUCAGAUCAGCGCUACGAAAAAGUUCCAUAUUUCAUCUUCGGUGAUUUCAACUUCAGGUUGGACUCCAAGCGGGUAAUUGAGAGUCUUUGCUCCGCGGCCGCCAUGCAGACGGUAAAAGCGGACGGCACCAAUGAAGUUGACAAACUGAUUUUCAGGGAAUCAGACAAUGACCACAAGGUCGUCCUACAGCUGGAAAAGAAGUUAUUUAACUACAUCAACCAGGACGUUUUCCGGGAAAACAACGGAACACGGCUUUUAGAGUUUGAUAAAGAGCUGUCAGUCUUUAAGGAUCGUCUUCAUGAGCUGGGAAUCUCAUUUCCUCCGAGUUAUCCGUACAGUGAAGACUGCAGUCAGAGUAAACAGUACAUGAACACUCGAUGUCCUUCCUGGUGUGAUCGGAUCCUCAUGUCGACCAGGGCCAAAGAUCUGCUGCUGAAGUCGGAGAGCGACGAGAAGUCAAUAACAUAUGACCACAUGGGACCUAACGUGUGUAUGGGGGACCACAAGCCUGUCUACCUGCACUUCCGGUUAACCUUCGGAAAACAUGCCAAUAAACACAAGUGUUGUGUUGUGCAGUGAUGUGCGUGUGUGUGUUUGUUUGUGUGUUUUUGUGCUUGUGUGUGUGUGUUAGUCAGGCGAAUGGUGCCAAAGGAUGCAGAAGAUUUCAUGAAAAGGUCCCCUGUGAGAAACUCAGGGACGGAGGGAUGGACACACACACACACACACACACACAGAGGACCCUGUAAAGACUCUUCAGCAGGACUGACCAGUCGCAUUUGUCGCAGUGCAUGCAACACAUCCAUAGUAACCACACUCUGACAUGAAUGCUUUAAUGUCAAAAUCAUCAUGGAUAUUUACUGAACACACACACACACACACGGCUUCUGCACCCUGUCAGGUGGGACAGUUCCUCUAAAGGCAGAAUCCAUUCUGCCAAACGCAGCGCUGCGUUUCAUCUAUAAACACCGUAAGACUGUAACGGCCUUGUUUCCAAAACUCUAAUAGAAACACUCUACGAAUUUUAAAACAUAUAUGUGCAAAUUUUAGAUAUGCCUCUAUAGCGUAUGAGCUACUUCCAUACAGUAUGUAAGAUGUUUUAAAAAGUGCAAUGCAAAAACUAUUGUUGUAUCUCUCUAAAGCUGUAGGUUUAUUUGUACAUUGGAUUAUGAUAUAUAGUGUGAUGACUUUAGGUCUGUAUUCUCUUUUUCGCUCUUAGAAUAGACUUUAUAUUCUGUUUGAUUUCUUAGUUUUCUUUUAUCUUGUGUUAUGAUUUGUUGUAACUGUUGUGACACUCUGCCACGCCUCAUAUGGCUGCCAAGUCUCAUUUAAUAUCUCAAACUUUAAAAGAGAGCAUUUAUUAUCACUACCAAAAUUGUUACGCUGACAUGUGAAUAUGACAGACAAGCUUUGAGGUUUUCUAAGUAUUUGAAUAGACUAAAUCGACAUCAUCAUCCAAAUAUGCCAAUGUUAUUGAAAUCUAGCCAAUAUAAAGAGGAUUUUAUAUUUUCCUUUAAGCAGUGCCAUAAAUCAUGUGAGUAGAUAAGAGCGUUUGUUCUGGCAGUCUUGUUCAGUUAUACAGUAACAGUACUGUUCUUAUUCUUAACUUAUUUCUGUGUGAUAACGUUAUGGUUCUGAAUGUGAUAUUUUAAAUAGGUUUGGGUAUCUUUUUUUUAUGAUUAUUUUCGUGGUUAGUUAUUGUGCCAACUAUUGAACACAUAGAGUUUGAAUUAUGAUGACAUUGUGCCGUCUGGCUUUAAGAGAAAAAUCUUCUCACAUUAAGGGGCAGGAGGAAACUCUUUAUAGUGUCCAUGUUACACAUUGAUGUGAUUCAUUACAGAAGCAGAAGACAUUAGAGAUAUGAAGGUAUGAUGUGUGUGCGUGUGUAAUACGAACACUGUAAAGUGUGAUGAUGUCCUCCAGUAUGUGAGCAGCUCUGCUCUUUAAACCUUUCCUCUAUUGAUUUCAUUCACAACACUACAGAGUUGAAUCCAUUAGAUUGAUUCUUGAUUUGUAAAUCACCUCAGUGGGAAUGAUUUUGUGUCCCGGACUGUGAUUUGGUCAAGACAAAACUGCUUGUUAACGUGUUUUUUUCCCCACAGGUCAGCCGGUAAAAUCCACUGUCCUCUUAAAGCAGAUAGAUAUUAGAGCUCCAGAAGCAAUAAAACCAUUAGAAGUCAUUAAUGAGUGUUUGUCACAUCCGUUUCCCACUGACACUCAAAAGUUUACAGCCCUUUACAUUUUUACAUCUGUGUAGCCGCCGACGCCUGAAUACAACAAAGAUUUUGUGGUGUUUGAAAAAAAACAUUUAUCACAACCCUCUAUCUUCGUCGUCAUAUAAUUAUUCUUAUGUUAUGUAUUCAUAUUAUACUGAUAAAAUUCAUCCAAUGAAUAAACUUUUUUUGCUGUGACAGAA